UUUGCCGGAUAAAUUUAUCUGCACUUCACAGUUCGAAAUGGAUCGUUGGCAAGGCAAAGUCGCUGUUGUUACUGGUGCAAGUUGUGGUAUUGGCGAAGCAAUCGCCAGAGACUUACAUCGUGAAGGAAUGAUAGUUGUUGCAUUGGCUCGUCGUGAAAAUCGUUUAGAGGACAUUCGUAAUAGUUUACCCGAGGAAGAAAGAUCCCGAUUCCAUGUCAAAUGUUGCGAUGUUACUGACGAAGAACAAGUUAAAGCUGCUUUUGGUUUUGUCGAAAGUGAAUUGGGUGGUGUUGAUGUCCUUGUUAAUAAUGCUGGUACAGCCAAACCCACUGAAUUGGUUAAACUAGAUAAUACAGCCGAUAUAAGAUUGACUCUUGAAACAAAUGUCAUGGGAGUAGUUUUCUGUACUAGAGAAGCUUUCAAUUCGAUGAAGGAAAGAGGAAUCGAUGGACAUGUUGUUAUUAUAAAUAGCAUUGCUGGACAUAAUACCCCGAAUAUACCGGAAUUACCUUCAUUUAAUAUUUAUCCUGCAACAAAACAUGCACUUACUUCAAUGACUGAGGUUUAUAGACAGGAAUUUAUGAGACAUGGUACAAAAAUUCGUAUAACAAGUGUUAGCCCAGGAGUAGUGGAUACGGAAAUUUUCCCUGAUCAUCUAAUUGAUAUUAUACGAGCCAAUAUGGAAAUGUUGGCUCCUAAGGAUGUAUCAGGUGCUGUGUUGUAUGCCUUAGCAGCACCUCCAAAUGUUCAGAUCCAUGAUGUUAUCAUUAAACCCGUUGGUGAAAAAUUGUGAAUCUAUUUAUUUUAAGGUGGUUUUGUUAAGAUGGAUCAUGAUGAUCGGUGUUAAAACUUCU